GAAAUCAGUACGAAGGAAUCAUCAGGAACUGCAAAUUUACUAAACACAACUGGCUCAAAGAAGGGCCGGAAAGCAGUGUUCCAUCCUAAGGAAUCAAACAGCUCAGGACAGCACUCUACACAAAAACUUGAACUCAGAAGAAAGGAUGAGAAUGAAGAAUUUCAGAUGUACAACUUGAAAGGAAGAAAGAGUCAGACAUACAAAGAGUUCAGUGAGACUGAGGAUGAUGACUACCUGUAUUGUGAGAAGUGUCAGAUGUGCUUCCUGAAGAGCUGUGCUGCUCAUGGACCCCCCGUGUUUCUAAAGGACAAUCCAGUGGAAAAGGGACAUCCUAGUCGUGCUCUCCUCAGUGUGCCCACUGGACUUCGAGUUGGCCCAUCGAGCAUUCCGGAAGCUGGGCUUGGAGUAUUUAAUGAAGCAUCUGAACUGCCUUUGGGGCUGCACUUUGGUCCUUUUGAGGGCAAGAUCACAGAAGUAGAAGAGGAAGCUGACAGUGGGUACAGCUGGCAGAUAGCCAAGGGCAGGAACAGCUAUGAGUACGUGGAUGGAAAGGAUACUUCUUUGGCCAACUGGAUGAGGUAUGUGAACUGUGCCCGCAAUGAUGAGGAGCAGAAUUUGGUGGCCUUCCAGUACCACAGGCAGAUAUUUUACCGCACCUGCCAGGUCAUCAAACCAGGCUGUGAGCUGCUAAUAUGGUAUGGGGAUGAGUAUGGCCAGAAGCUGGGU